GAGAAAAUCCACAAUGUUACAGCCACUACAUGUAACGAAACUUAGGUCCCUCUUCUCUUCUUUUCCCAACACAACCCUUCUUACUUUUCCUCUUCUAGAAAAAUAAACCAAAACGACGUAGCAUCCUCCAUCAAGGACUGGUUCAACACGCGCGACCCACUCCUCCCCCGAAUCUUUCAGAUUCUUUCUUCGACGGACUCUUCCUCCUAUAAAGACGCCGCCCUCGACGCCUCUCUCGCCGCCUUAACACUCCCCCGUCUCGACGAAUCCUUCGUCCUCACAGUACUCCACCAUGGCACCACCGCCGCCCACGUCUACCCCUGCCUCCGCUUCUUCGAUUGGGCCGGCCGCCAGCCCGGCUUCCACCACACUCGCGGCACCUUCUCCGCCAUCUUCCGAAUCCUCGCACGCAACAGAUCAAUGUCAACCAUCAUCGAGUUCCUCCGAUCCUUUCGCCGCCGUGGCCCCGCCUUCUACCCCCGUGCGCGGUUCAACGAUACUCUCGUCAUUGGAUAUGCUAUUGCGGGCAGAUUAGGAUGAGGGGUUUUGAGAAUCGGUAUACCAAUGCGCUUGUUAUGAAGUGUUUGUGCAAGCAGGGGAGGUUAGAUGAGGCUGAAGGGUUCUUGUUUGGUUUGGUGGAUGGUGACAAGGAGCUUCAUGGCUCUGAGGUGAGUGUUCUUGUCAGUGCUUUGUGUGGGAGUAAUAGGUUUGAUCAUGCUGUUAGGUUGGUUAGAGAGUUUGGGGAUUCGUGGCUGGUGCCGUUGGAUCAUGCUUAUGGGGUUUGGAUAAGGGGCCUUGUACAGGGUGGCCGGUUGGAUCAGGCUUUGGAGUUUUUUAAACAGAAGAAGGAAGAUAAAGGGUACAUUCCUGGUUUAGCGAGGUACAACGUGUUGAUUUACAGGCUUUUGAGGGAGGACAGGCUCGACGAGGUGUAUGAUUUGUUCAUGGACAUGUAUCACACUGCUGUUCCACCGAACACAGUUACCAUGAAUGCUGUGCUGUGCUUCUUUUGCAAGAAGGAAAUGGUGGAUGACGCUCUUGAUUUGUUCAAGUCGAAAUCAGAGUUUAUGCUGUCCCCAAAUCAUAUGGCUUAUAAGUACUUGAUACUUACUUUGUGUUGGGACGGAAACGCCAAGGAAGCAUUUAGUGUGUUGAAGAGCUCAAUUGAUCACCGUUUUAUUCCAGAUAGACGGACCUUUAUUAGGCUUGCCGAUGUCCUGUGUAGAGAGUGCAUGAUUGAUGAGAUGAAAGAGUUGCUCCAUCUUGCCUUGGAAUGGAAAAUUAUGCCUAAUGCUUCCACGUAUGAUAACUUUAUAACGGCACUGUGCUGGGCGGGAAGAGUGGAAGAUAGUUAUUUGAAUAGGGGAGAUAUUGCUGCUCGUCUUCUCGUUGAAAUGAAGGAGAAGGGUCAUAAAGUGACACCGGCUCUAUGUAUAGUUGUUCUUUGUUGUUUACUUCAGAUGGACAAUUCAAGAUCUCGUUUUUUCAGUUUGUUUGAGACGCUGUCCCAUAAUGAUCGUCAACAUUAUAUUUAUGAUUGUUUCAUUGAUGCGGCUGGGCAUGCCAAGCAGGCUGAGUUGGCUUGGAAAGUGUUUGAGUUGAUGCAGAGGAAUGGCAUUCAGCCCACUUCAUCUUCUCUAAGUCUUAUGUUGAAAGCUUAUUUGAAAAGUGGAAGGACUUAUGAUGCUCUUAUCUUCUUUAAUAAUCUUUGGUCCCGUGGAUUGGCGACUAAAAAGUUAUAUAAUUGCUUUGUUAUUUCUCUCUGCAAGAGCCAGAAUCCUGAACCUGCGUAUCUGUUCUUCCUCCAAAUGUUAAAAGACGGUUUAAAUCCAAGCAUUGAAUGCUAUGAGAAUCUUGUACAGGAGCUUUGUUCAUCGAAAAGAUAUCAUGAGGCAGUGAAUCUUGUUGAUAUGUAUGAGAAAAUGGGACGUCGAUUAACCUCUUUUCUUGGUAACAUACUUCUUUAUCGAUCUAUGUUUUCACUGGAAGUUUACAAUGCCUGUGUUCGUUUAAGAGGAGUGAAAGAGGAGGGAAAAACUGAUUGGUCAAUACUUAGCUUUGUGGUUGGCGCAUUUCGCCGUCAUCAUAGAGUUAGCCAUGUUGAGGACUUGGAGAAAUUAAUCGCAAAGUGCUUUCCACUUGACAUUUACACUUGCAAUUUGUUGUUGAGAAAAGCAUGUAAGAGUGAUAUGGGGCAGGCUUAUGAGUUGCUUGAAAGGAUGCGUCGAAGGGGCUUUGAGCCCAAUCGGUGGACUUAUACCAUCAUGGAUGAUGGUUUCAAAAGGCUUGGGAAGAGAGACAAGGCUGAGAGGUGGUUUCAAGAAAGUAAAAGGAUAUUAUCCAACAGAGAAACCAGAAUGCUCAUUUAAGGAACAAUUGAUCAGUAUGCGUUAGAUAUCCAAAAUGGUCCACCCAAUUUUGUAAGGAUAUUUUUUAGAAUUGCAUAUUUAUCAAAAGAAAAAUGUUAUCUUGGAUGCAUUGGAUUUAGUUUUUUCUUUUCUCUGUAUCAUUUAUAAAUAUUACAUCCUGUGCAAUGAUUUUAUGUUGACUAUUCCCCUCCCCCACCAAAAAAAAACCCUUCUUUUUAUGUGUGGAAGCUAUAGGAAAUAAAAUAGUUUCCACAUUGUAUUAUUUAUCAGUUAUCCCAUUAGAUUUACAUAAGCUGUGAUAUUUGAUUUAACUUCAUUUUUAUCUGACACUUUUUUUGCAAGUUUGGUGUAUUGCAUCUUAACCUCAUUUGAUGGUAAAUAGUCAUUGCCCAAGAAAUAAAAAAUGAAAUAUGAUACAAAGUUGAAGCUUCAGAUAGGGGAUUGCUGUUCCCUCAUUAAUCUGCAACAUGCUUGUGACCUGUCUUCAUUGCAUCCUUAUUUGAGCAUAAGCUAUAUUGGUUUAUCUUCAUUUGACAAUAAUUCUCUCUUCUACUGGCUCUUAUUUUGGUUUGUAGAAGAAUUAAUCUGUCCUUUUUACCUUAGUUUCUUUAAUGAUUGUGUGCUUGACUCCCUUCCUUAUUUAGAAUUUGCACUUGAAGUCAUAUUUUAGUUCUUACUUCUGGUUGCCAUUCAUCAAAGCUUUCCUCAUAUUUCAUCAAAUGAUUAGCCUCAAAAUUUUCAAAAACAGGAAUCAACUAUGUUGAUCUCUGGGUGGCCUCUUUUAUUCUUUUCAUGAACAUAUUUGCUAGCUCCAAACUAGUAAAUUAUUAUGAGAGCUUAGUAUCUAUAUUUGUCAGGGAUUAUACAAGUUUAUACUCUUCUUAGAACUCAUUUUGCUAGAAACUUGCUACUUAGAAAUACAGAUUGAAAGCCAAUGUAAGAGUAGUUUGGGAGAGCUUUUCGUAUAAGGUCUACUGCUUAGUGCAAAAAGAAUCUAAUUGAAAACUCAACAAACUGAUAUUGUUGAAAGAAGCUGAGACGAGAGG